AUGUUGAAAUAUACGAACGUUCGGUUCGAUCUGCUCACCGAUAUCGAUAUGGUGAUGUUCGUAGAGCGCGGUAUACGCAGCGGUUUAAGCCAAUGCUCGAACAGAUAUGCGCGAGUUAAUAAUCAAUAUGAAUCGUCAUAUGACUCGUCUCAGCCGUCGUCGUAUCUCAUGUACUACGAUGUGAACAAUCUCUACGGCUGGACCAUGUGCGAACCUUUACCGUAUGCGGAAUUUCGGUCGAGAAUGUCGAGGUGCGUGCGACACGGUUUACGCGUGACGAAGAUCUAUCGCGCGUUGCGAUUCGCGCAAUCUCCUUGGUUGCGCGCGUACAUCGAGCUCAAUACGGAACGGAGAACUCGCGCGAGCAACGAAUUCGAGAAAAAUCUGUAUAAGCUGAUGAACAACGCAGUUUUCGGCAAAAUAAUGGAAAACGUGCGCAAUUACGUAGACGUGAGACUCGUGACGCGUUGGGACGGAAGAUAUGGCGCAGAGGCGCUGAUCGCGAAACCGAAUUUUUACAGUAGGAGCGUUUUCGAUGAGAAUCUUAUGGCUAUCGAGUUAGCAAACUCAAGGUUCAAUUUAACAAACCAAUCUACGUCGUACAGCUUGAUAUAUUUUCUGGAAUGUCGAAACAUUUACGAGAAUAUGAAGCGAGAUAUCGCGAGAUUCGACACCAGCGAUUAUUCCGACGACAACGCGUACGAUAUACCGUGCGCGAAUAAGAAGGUUCUUAAUUUGAUGAAAGACGAGAACAACGGAGCGAUCAUGACGGAGUUCAUAGGACUUAGGGCGAAGAUAUACGCUCUGAGAGUUUUGGGAAAGAGCGAUACGAAGAGAAUAAAGGGCGUUAGGAGGAAAACCGUCGCGAAAACGAUAACGUUCGAGGAUUUCGCGCGUUGCUUGAACGAAUCGUUGCAGCAAUCGAGACGUCAGGCGUGCAUACGCUCGAUGCUGCACGAGAUUUAA